CGGACGGCAGUUGCUAUGGAUACAGGAGUUGUCUUCACCUGUGGUGAAGUUUAAAACCAAUUUGUUUACACGGACCCGACCAAUUAACAGAGAUCAUGGAGUCUGAGGAUCAGCUGAACGAACUGCGGCUUCAGUUUCAAGCACUGCAAAAACAGCAGGAAAAAAGGAAACAGGAGAGGAAAAAGGAGAAACAGCCAGACAAGCUCAAUGACAGUGGCGCUCAGGAUGAUUUGGAUCUGUCUAACCAAGGUGUUCAGGCAAGCUGUGAUGCUCCCCAAAACAGGCUGUUGCACAUUCAGAAUAAGGCCCUCCUUGACCAACUGAGAGAGCUAAAGGAUGAAAAUGGUCGGCUCUUCAAACUUCUGAGUGAGAAGGAUUUUGAAAUUAAGCACCUGAAGAGGAAAAGAGACGAAGAAAGACUGGCUUUAGCAGGUACUUCAGGCUUGGCAGGAGCUGUAGCUGCCACCAAGAUUGUUGAGCUAUCCAAGAAGAAUAGAGAACUAACUGCUGAAAUUGAGCAAGAGAAGAUUAAAUGUAAGCAAAACGGCAACAGAAUCAAAGAGCUUGAGAGAGAGCUGCAGGCCAUGCUGGUACAUGGUGUACCUGGGCAAAAAGUCGAUUCAAAGUCACCAGUUAAGAUCUCAUCUGAAGAAUGUGAGGAAAGUGCACUGGUUAAAUCUCUGCAGGAAAAAUUAGCAACUACCCAACUGAAGGUGACCGAGUACCGCAACCAGGUGCAGUCUGCCAAGCAAGAGUUGAAAAUGGCACAGAAGGUUCUGAUUAGUGAGAUUGGAGAGGAGGUCAACCUUCAGCAAUUACUAAGCUGCCCUGGGAGCUUUAGAGGUCGAGCACAGCAGAUACUGGCUCUGCAGACAAGGGUACGAGAGCUUGAGCAGCAGCUGAACAAAUCAACACAACAAAGGCAGUCAAGUGUUCUGAGUGGAGAGGAAGAGUUUCUGGGCAUGGGUUUUCUUCAGAAAACUCCUCGUCAGGAAAGAAAUGUCAACUACAUCCGCACUAUCGAGAAAGAGAAGAGGGUAGCCCUUGAGAAGCUCUCAGUGGAUUAUGAGGCGCUCUUGAAAGAACACAAAGAUGUGAAGCAAAAGCUGGAAGCCUCUAAAGCCAGGAACAAAACUCUAUCUGCUGAAGUCAAAACUCUGAAGCAUCAAAUAUCAACGCUGAUGGAGAAGGGGAAACACGAUGAUGACUUCGUGGCUGCUUUGAUGAAGCAGCAGGCCCAGAUGCAGAUGGUAUUAAAACAACUCAGCCAAAAGCAAAACGUACAGAGCAAGGUGAUGCAGCAGAGUGUAGGACAACAGCUGAGCAACAUACCUUCAGAGCACAGUGCUAUCAUCCAGAGAUUUAAAGAGAUACUUGCUGAGAAAGAUGCCAUUAUCAAAAAACUACAGAAAAAACAGCAAUUCUCUGAUAAGGUGUUGAAGAACGAUGAUGUGCACAGACAGCCCAGCAUCAGGAUAACAAACUGUACUUCUGCUGUUUCCCCAGAAGAGGGAGACAUUACCAAAAGAAUUCCAUCUUCAGGUUCAAUUUCUAAAUUCGGUCACAAACUGGUGCUGCCAGCUGUGGGAAGUGGCAUAGAAUUCACAGAGAAAGUGAUGAGCCACACAUGUUUGGAGGCCAAGCACCAAGAGGAGCACCGCAGGCCAGUGAUCCUGGAGGAGUUUGAGAGGCCAAAAUUAGAUUAAAGUAAACACUGUGCAUGCA